CGCUGGUGGUACUUGCGGUUCUGUAAGAGCUUACGACUUGUCCGUGUUAUGUCUCUUUUCAUCAGGCCUUCCAGAAUGGCUUGGAGUUAGCUUUUUCAUUUGGGGUUAUUUCACUAGCACGAACUGCAAGUUAUCAACACAGUGCAAGAGGAUAUUUGAGAUAUUUUAGUUGCUUUUACACUUUUGCUGCUACCGAUACCGACCGUUACUCAGCAACGUGUACGACUGCUAGCUACAGGUGCGGAGGUGAAGGCAACGACUGCUGCAGAUAUAAAGGAACAGUACCGAAGAUAUCCAAGACGCCAGGUGCAACAGAAAAUAAUACAAGUGAAAGACCUUUAAAGGCCUUUCAGCUGCAAAAGUACCAGCAGGCAAGAUGAGUCAGGAAGAAGUUUUGGCAAAGCUGAAGAAAGAUGUCCGGUCUUUGCUCAUUUCAUCCAAGAUGGGCUUGGAACCUGACAAGCUCAGGAGAGACUAUGUCGCCAUGUUGGGGCAUCCCAUGCCCCUGAAACUCCUGGGCUUCAGAAACCUGAUGGAUAUGGUGAAGGAGAUGCCUGAGGUGGUGUCAGUCCACUUCAGGCCAGAUGGCAGUACAUACCUAAGGGCUGUUAGUGACGAGUCCACCCGAAACAUUGAAGAGCUUGUAGCUAAGCAGCGUAAGCCCAAGAUCAACACCAAAGUUUGGAAGGGAGGAGCUAGCUACUACCCUCCUCGCCACAGUCGCCAAGUCCCAUCUGUGGCCCUUCCAAGGAGAGGACGUGCUCCCCCAGCUCUUCCUGCUCAGCUGAGAGCACAACUACGUAUACUGUUGGCCCAGGGUCCACUCAGGUUGUCAGAGCUGGAGGCCGGCUUCCUGCGCUGCUUCGGACAACCGCUGCGUGUCCACAGCUACGGCUUCUACUCAACUGGCGAGAUGUUGGAAGCAGCAGCUGACAUGGUUCUUAUCCAGCAGAGCAGACUGGGUUCACUUCUCUCCCUGAAGAAUAGUAUGACCCCCAGAACGCUGUUCAGACCAGUGAGCUCACCUCAAAGAAGUGGGCCACUAAAAUCAGGAUCUUACAAAACUGAAACGUCACACUCAAAAGAACCAGCCACCAGAUUUCAGACGACAGUAAUACCCACAGUGAAGCAGAGUCCUCCAUAUCAGCCAUCUCCUCAGACUGCGUGGAAUCUUCACACAGAAGACUUAACAUCCGUCAGUAACAAGCCAGAGGUGAUAGAAAAAGAUGUGGGAAAGGACCCAGAGCUCUGCCAGGAAGGUUUCCUCUUUCAGGAACGUGUCCUCAAGCUUGAAGAGGAUCUUCGCCAACAAAUCGUGGAGAAUGGAGUUGCCGGCACUAUUAGCCAAGAGCUAAAGGACAAGCUGCGAAAGGUUGUUAGCCAGACCAGUAAAGGAUUAUCAGUGCAUGACCUCCCUUCAGAGUACAAGAGGCUUUUUGGCGAGGAUUUACCAUUGCAGCAGAGUGGUUUUGUCAGUGUCACAGAACUGGUCAGUGCCAUGAGCGACACCUUCCACCUGAAACCUGCAGGGAGCAACAGCGGACAACACUGGAUAGUCAUGGACCUGCAGAACAGUGACAUCACAAAAUCAGAGUCUAAGGAGCCUGAGAGUUUUGAAAAUGGUGAUGGGGUGAAGCUACCAUCAAGGGGCUUCUACUUCAGCUGUGGAGACUCUCCUUGGGAAGGAAAGCAGGAAGAUGGUGAUGAAAAUGGCACAGACAAUGAUGAGGAAGAUCUGGAGAUCAAUAACAAUUCCAAGAGAUAUGAAAUGGUAGCCGAUGUGUACCCUGCCAUUCAGGUGCAUUGCAGCCCUGGAUUACCCCUUGAUGCAAUCCAGAGUCAGCGUCUAAAACCACCGACUCGCCAUGCUGCUCGUGAGCUGAUCCAAGUCAUGGUGGAACAUGUCAAGACACCGGGAGAUUUUUACAUCCGCUUUAACGAGCCUGAGAGCAGCCGACUUUUGGAGGACAUGAUAAUUGAAAUGAGACAAUGUUACACGUGUCCCGAGGUAUCAGAGCGCUACCGUCUCCCAGAGAAGUUUGUCCGACAAGGUCAGGUCUGCUGUGUGUCGCCCACAGGGAUGUGGUUCUACAGAGUGGUGAUCCAUCAGGUCAUCAGCCCCACUGAGGUGGAGGUGUACUAUGUGGAUUAUGGCAUGAUGAAUGUGGAACAGACUGCAGACCUCAAGUUUCUCAAGUCGUGUUAUUCCGUCCUUCCAGCUCAAGCUGUUCCUUCAUCACUGGCUGGAAUUAAACCAACAACUGGCAGCUGGACUGCAGAAGCCACGGCUUCCUUCAAAAAGCUGUGCUGUGAUCGCACCCUGGUGGGCGCUCUGUAUUGUUACACUGGAGAUGUGCUGCAGCUCUACCUGUGUGAUACACUCACUGAGGAUGACAUCUAUUUGCACACUGUCCUGUUGAGCCAGGGCCAUGGGACAGCCUGCAGCCCUGCAGCCAGUGCAGCACUUUGCACCCAGCUCAAUGCAGUCAGUCUCUACCUGGGGGAGGGAAUGGUUGUCCUCCCAGAGGUAGUACAGGACACCAGAUUGUUCCCCCAGUCCUCAGACGUGCUUGCACAGUCCAUGUCAGCCUCUCCAAAGGUCAAUGAAGAAGAAGAGGUGCCAGCCCUCGAGUAUAUUGGAGACCAAAAGAGCAGCGUCCACAUUCAGGCUCCUGAUACCAGUCCAUUUAAUGCUCCUCUGGAUGACGAGACCAACAACUGGAAUAUGAACUGGGCCUCACCUUCUAUCAGAUCCUCCACUCCAACCUCCAGUCCUCUCGCUCCUCCAGAUCUGAUCCAAGGCAAAACAAGCCCAGCUCUCUGUAAAGAGGAUCUGAAAACACUGAGCCUGACUCUUCAAGCAACAUGCAGCAUUAAUUCCAGCCCCUGUCUGACAACAGAAGAGGAGCAGCCCUGGCCCAAGGUAGCUGGACCUUUGAAUGAGAGACCUCCUCCAAUCCUGAGGGCGUUGAGUCUUCACACUCAAGAGCUGAACCAGGGUGUGACUAUUCCUUUCCCGCGGAGGAACUCUGGCCUCCUGUUUCCUCUGUUUGGGGCGAGGUAGGCCAACCUCCUUUAUCCCCCACCAAAAAAUAUCAAACCAUCCUCCUGAAUGAGUCAACACAGAAGAAUGAAUAUUUAACCCGUAACACAACUGAUAUAUUGACAUCAUCCGAGAAUCCGGUGAAGAAUAUUUAUCAGAGUUAUGGACUGACUAAAAGUGCUGAAAUUAUUUUAGAAAAGGGUUAAUUUUUUAAUGUAUUCUUGAUAAGUUGAAUUGAAUUCUACACUUUGUUUGAUGUUGACAUUGUAGCACUUUUCUAACAGUGAGUCUUUAAAAUACAGAUCAGGAAGCGAAAAGCUGUUUUCAUGUAAAUACUGAUUUAUGCUUUUGUUGAAAAAAGAGCUUUUUCUUUGCCUGAAAUUUUAUUUUUGUAGUUAGUGCAAUGGUUGAAUUUUCUUAGAUAUUUUAAAAUUACUGUUCUGGACACAGUUAAAAUAUUUCAAAGUGAUGUUAAAAGAAAAAUUACAGAACAAUAUAUGUCAUGAUUGAUCUUAUUUUGUUUGGAGAAUAAAUUUUAUUUGAUUGA